AUGCGCUCGCCCACGACGCCUUCCUUCACUGGCGGCUCUGCUGCCUCGCGCGGCAACGAUCGAGGCUAUGCAGUGCGCCAUGGGCCCUUCGGCGCGCGCAACACCGGCAGCGGCUCCUCUCCCGCCUCCGCUGCUGCAGCGGCGGCCCAGGCUCGGCAAGCGCAGCAAGACCAGCUGGCCAACUAUGGCUUUCCGCCGCCCUCGCUCGAGGACCUCAAGCGGCGCACCAUCAAGUUCAUCGGCGAGGACGGCACGACGCGCAUCGUGAACGUCUCGGACUGCAGAGAUGCGCACGACGUGCUGGCGCGCGUGCUCAAGAAGUUUGGCAAGAGCUCGGCGGGUAACAGCUAUGCGCCGACGGCGGGACAGGUAGAGGACGAGCGGGAGCUGGAGGACGGAGAGGUGUGGGGCAUCUUUGCCACGAGCGGCGAAGGCAAGAGUAAGUCCAAGUCUCUCACGGACAACGAGCUGCUGGCCAUCUGCCACGCCCCGCAGCCUCACGAUCCACUGCGCGAGCGCGGGCUCACACUGCGCCGCCUGGCGCGUCCCGAGUCCGGCCGAGCCAGCGCGCCGAAGCGCAACAAGCUCGAGUCGUUCUUUGGCGAGCGGCUUCCUUCGCAGGCCCCUGCCAGUCCUCACUUUGCCGACGAGGACGAGUACGACGACGAUGCGGCCAUGGAUGCGGCCUUUGUGCAGCCGACGGGCAAGAAGCUCAACCGCGCGAGCACCGUCAGCAUCAUGUCUGGCCUCGGCGUCGUGCCCGGCAAGAGUGGCAAGACGACGACGCCGUCGAACUCGUCCAAUCGUCUGGCUCCCGACUCGCAGCAUCGCUCGCCAACAUCCGUCAUUCCGCGCAAGGCGCGCAACUUCUUCGGCCAGCGGCCGCCGUCUGAGCUCAUCAGCUCGCAUCUCACCGACUACUUUCCGCAGGCCGAGAAGCGCGUCUUGGAGCGCACGGCGCGGCGCUCCAUCUACGGACGCCCCUCGGCCAGCGUGCGCUCGAAGCGCGACAGCACGUGGAGCUUCUCCGCCGAGCUCGAUGCGCCGCCGCUGCCGGGCAAGGAGAGCAUCGACGGAGGACGUCCGACGCCGUCGAUCCACAUUGGCACGCCGGAGCAGUCCGACGACGAGGCGGCAGAUGAGCGCACGCAGACGCUCUCGUCGUCGCAACACGGCGCACGGCCAGGCCCGCCCACUCUGCCGCCCGUCAUUGGCCGCUCUUCGCUCGACGACUGGUCCAAGAGCCUGCAGACCGUCGGCUCUCCCGUCGACGAGAGCGCUCCGACGGCCGCGUCCCGGCCCACACGGCCGCUCUCGCAGCGCCGUGCCUCGGGCGAGAGUACGCGCAGUCGCCGCAGCCUGGCCACACAGCUGCGCGUGGCGCGAGGCAUUGGAGCGCCGCCCGGCCACCGUGCCAGCAUGGUGGAUCGCAGCGACACGGCCAGCAUGCUGACGGUCGACGAGAUCACACAAGAGGUCGAGAUGCGGCGUGCCAGCACGAGUCUCGUUGGCGCCGGCGCUGGCUGGGUGGUAGAUGAGGAUGGCGUGCCGAUUCCUGCGCCUGCCAAUGCCGCCACACGCGGCGGCUCCGGCUCCAUCGUCGGCAGCACACGGCCAAGCAGUCAUCUCAGUGCGGGCACGCGCGACGACGCCGACAGCGACACGGAUCCCGACGCGCUCUUCGGCGCGCCCAAGACGCCCGCUCAGCGUGCCGACAGCUCCAGUCCGGCGCCCUCGGUGCCGGGCGAAGAGUCAGACCAGCAUCGAGGCGACCCAAUGGCUGUGGUGCGCGGCACCACCAGUCGCGCGAGCAGCGUCAGCGAGCUGCGCCAGGAGGCAGUGGUGGGCGACGACACGGCCACUGCUGAAGACGACGAGAUGGACACGGACGAGGAAUACGACGAUGACGACGUGCUCAGCGAGGAGGAGGAUGAGGAUGGCGGAGUCUUCCACUCGGCCGUCGCGGGCCGCAGCGAGCCGAUCAAGUGGAUCAAGGGCGCGCUGAUUGGCGCGGGCUCGUUUGGCAAUGUGUUCCUCGGCAUGAACGCCAAGAACGGCCUCCUCAUGGCCGUCAAGCAGGUCGAGCUGCCGUCGGGCGACUCGGGCAACGAGCAGCGCAAGAAGAGCAUGCUCGAGGCGCUGGAGCGCGAGAUCGAGCUGCUUAAGACGAUGCAGCACGAGAACAUCGUGCAGUACCUCGACUCGUCUGCUGACGGCACGCAUCUCAACAUUUUCCUCGAGUACGUGCCUGGCGGCUCCGUGGUGGCGCUGCUGCGCAACUACGGCGCCUUCGAGGAGCUGCUGGUGCGCAACUUUGUGCGCCAGAUCCUGCAGGGCCUCAGCUAUCUGCAUGCACGCGAGAUUGUCCACCGCGACAUCAAGGGCGCCAACAUUCUCGUCGACAACAAGAGCUGUGUCAAGAUCAGCGACUUUGGCAUCAGCAAGAAGGUCGAGAGUGACUUGCUCGUCAAUGCACGAGCCCAUCGGCCGUCGCUGCAGGGCAGUGUGUUCUGGAUGGCGCCCGAGGUCGUCAAGCAGACGUCGUACACGCGCAAGGCCGACAUUUGGAGUCUGGGCUGUCUCGUCGUCGAGAUGAUCAGCGGCACGCAUCCGUGGGCGAACCUGAACCAGAUGCAAGCGCUCUUCAAGAUUGGCAAGGGCACUCGUCCCGAGACGCCCGACGACAUCUCACAGGAGUGCAUCGACUUUCUCAACGCCACCUUUGAGCUGGACCACAACGACCGACCCUCGGCCGACGAGCUGCUGCAGCAUGCGUUCAUCACGGGCGAGUACACCGGGCCGGCUGCCAGCAGCGGCAGUGGCAGCGCCGAUGUGGCCGCCUCGGCGACAAGCAAGACACCGGCUUCUGCUGCUGCGCCGACGUCCAGCGCGACGCCGGGCAGCACGCUCGACGAAGGCAUGAGCGCCGCCGGCGCGGGCAGCACGCUCAGCGCCUCGACGAACACGAGCACGCUGCUCAGCGGCGGCAGCGGCGGUGGCGCAUCGGGCGGCAGCGCAGCCAACACGCCCGCCAGCUCGGUGCGCAGUCGAAAGAAGGAGGCGGCGCGCAAAGCCAAGGAUGCGGUGUCGCAGGAGAAGGAAAAGCAGAAGCAGCAGGAGCAGCAGGCAGAGCAGGAGGCCGCCGCGUCCACCAUUGAGGCGGACACUAGCUCCUGA